AUGCACAAAUCUUGUUUUCUUAUUGAUUCAGAUAUACUAGUUGAAGAAGAUCCAGCACCUUGUGCAUUCUCAGGGAAUGGCCGUCAGUGUGUCAUGAACGGCACCGAAUGUAAGGGUGGAUGGGUUGGACCCAACGGAGGCAUCACCAACUUUGAUAACUUUGCAUUUGCAAUGCUGACUGUGUUCCAGUGCAUAACCAUGGAAGGRUGGACUGAUGUGUUGUACUGGGUAAAUGAUGCAAUAGGAUGUGAGUGGCCAUGGAUCUAUUUUGUUAGUCUUAUCAUCCUUGGCUCAUUUUUCGUACUUAACCUGGUUCUUGGUGUACUUAGUGGAGAGUUUUCUAAAGAAAGRGAAAAAGCCAAGGCCCGAGGAGACUUUCAGAAGUUACGUGAAAAACAGCAGCUUGAAGAAGAUCUGAAGGGGUAUUUGGACUGGAUUACCCAGGCAGAAGACAUUGACCCUGAGAAUGAUGAAGAGGCUGAUGAAGAAGGCAAAAGGAACAGGCUUACACUGGCUGACUUAAUGGAAGACAAGAAGAAAAGCAGACUUAGCUGCUUUGGCCGUUCUUCCAAAAAACAUGCGAGCAUGCCCACCAGCGAGACCGAGUCGGUGAACACCGAGAACGUCAGCGGGGAAGGGGAGAGCCCUCCGUGCUGCGGCAGCUUGUGUCAAACCAUCUCAAAAUCCAAAUUCAGUCGACGCUGGCGUCGCUGGAACCGAUUUAACAGAAGAAAAUGUAGGGCUGCAGUAAAAUCUGUCACAUUUUAUUGGCUUGUUAUUGUCUUGGUCUUUUUGAACACGUUAACUAUCUCAUCAGAGCAUUACAAUCAACCUGACUGGCUGACCCAGAUCCAAGAUAUCGCAAAUAAAGUUCUUCUGGCUUUAUUCACCUGUGAAAUGUUAGUAAAGAUGUACAGCUUGGGCCUACAGGCUUAUUUUGUUUCUCUCUUUAACCGCUUUGAUUGCUUCGUUGUUUGUGGUGGCAUUGUUGAAACCAUUUUGGUGGAGUUGGAAAUUAUGUCACCCCUUGGAAUUUCAGUGUUUCGCUGUGUUCGUCUCCUGCGUAUUUUUAAAGUAACAAGGUAA